AAAGAACCGUUAACUGGAGACAGGACCGGUAACAUAUUGCAGUUACUGGCAUUUCCCUUCUCUUCUCCAGUUCUCCUCUCUCUCUCGCACACACAGGAACUCUGAUAACACGAAGAAGAAGAAGAACGCAAAGCGAGAUUGAACGUGGAAUCAAUGGAGAGUAGAAGAAGAUUGAGAUUUGCAAAGAUCUGUAUAUUUCUAGGGCUUCUCUUCAGCUACAUUCGCCAUCUAUCCGCUCUCUCGAUUACUGUAAGCGAUAUGGAAUGCGUUUACGAAUACGUACUCUAUGAAGGAGACACUAUUUCUGGAAACUUUGUUGUUGUUGAUCACGACAUCUUCUGGAGUUCAGAUCAUCCCGGCAUUGAUUUGACUGUAACAUCUCCCGGUGGUAAUAUAGUGCACACUUUGAAGGGUUCAUCAGGGGACAAGUUUGAGUUCAAGGCUCCACGAAGUGGAAUGUACAAGUUCUGUUUCCAUAAUCCUCAUUUAACACCAGAGACCGUAUCUUUCUACAUACAUAUCGGUCAUAUCCCCAAUGAGCAUGAUCUUGCUAAGGAUGAACAUCUGAACCCCAUAAAUGUCAAAAUUGCAGAACUAAGGGAGGCCUUGGAGUCUGUUACAGCUGAGCAGAAGUACUUGAAAGCGCGUCAAGCACGACACCAUUAUACCCAUGAGAGCACCCGAAAGCGUGUUAUUUUCUAUUCACUUGCAGAGUACCUCCUGCUGGCUUGCGCGAGUGCAUUCCAAGUGACAUACAUUCGCCGCCUGUUUAGCAAGUCAGUCGCAUACAACCGGGUCUGAGUUAAACCGCCCACUUGGUCUUACUUGUAUCUGUCUAUUUAAUGACUCAGUUUCUGUAGAUUUUCCUUCAAGAAAAUUAGGAAAAUAAAUAUUUCAUCUUUUAUUUAUCUAAUAAGGAGUUGUCUUCAUCCUUUAUCCUCAA